AUCCGCGGAGAAAUGCCAACAAACAUCGAAACAAAUUCUAAAUAAUUUUUCGACACAGUUGAUCAUCCCAAGAUUGCCCCAUUUAUCAUUUAAACAUCAUAAAAAUAAGAAUAAUACCAUCAAAACCCAGCGCACUCGAGUAAAUAACGACAUUUAAUACAGAAAGCCGUCAGAGUCAUGAGUCCACCGACUGGAGUAAAGGAAGAGACUUGCAACAAAGUUAUCGGGGGUAGGGUGACGAGAAGAUCGAUUCAACAUCUCCCAGAGCAUCUAAAAAAGGAAAUUUUGAAGGAGGAAGUGGUGGAUAAAGAUCCCAUAAUAGAAGACUUGCCAGAGAUUGUGUUCAAAGGAAAAUUAUACUAUGUCACCGAUUUCGAGGGUUGUGCAAUGAUCUGCGAUCAAAUUAUACAAAGGAUUGAGCAACAUCCUGGAGUAAUCAUACCGAUUGGAUUCGAUCUGGAGUGGCCCUUCAGCUUUCAAACGGGCUCUGGAAAAACUGCACUCGCACAAUUGUGUGUUUCGGAGAAUACCUGCCAUUUACUGCACAUCCAUUCGCUUGAUAAAUUGCCAGCGGGACUGACUAUUUUACUGAAACAUCCGAGGGUUAAAUUGGUCGGAGUCAACAUUAAAAAUGACAUCUGGAAACUGGGUCGAGACUUCAAGGAAUUCCCCGCGAAACAAGUAGUAGACAACAACUGCAUAGAUUGUGGUCCUCUAGCUAACCAAGUCUACAACAGAUCCUGUCGUUGGAGCUUGGAGCGUCUCACCGCCUACAUAUUAAAGAAGAAAAUAAGUAAGGAUGACAAAGUUAGAAAAAGUAAAUGGCACAUUCUUCCACUCAGUGAGGAGCAGAAAACUUAUGCAGCCACCGACGCUUAUGUUUCACUACUUCUGUAUUUGACGAUCCAGAAGAAGGCGAAAGAAUUAGCCCUGGAGAAGGAACAUAACGUUACAAAAUCCUCAAAUCUCCAGGAAAAUUGACACGUGGAGAGAGUAAAUCGGAUAGAACUUGAUUUUUUA